AUGGAGAGGCGUUAUUGUAAAACGUUAUGGCCGAUCCAUGGUUGGAGAGAGAAGACAGUCGUAAUGACGAGAAAAGAUUAUCAGAAUGUCAUACUGAUGAGCGCACUGAAUCUAUUUCUUCAUUUGACGACGAUUUUACAGCAGUAAGUCGCCUACCAGAUUCCGAUAAUUACAUAAAAUCCUUGGAGUCAAGACUGGAUAAGCUAAAGUGUAAGAACAGGGAUUUAAGCUCCAAGGAUAUUAUUACAUCUCUUCAAGCAGUCCGUCAUGGCCAUGUUGAAAGAAGAUGUCUGACUGAUCCACCUGUUACAUGCUCACUCUUUUCUGAUUAUGAAAGUGUUGAUAUUGAUGAAGAAAUAAGUUCUUCAUAUAUUGAAAAAAGAAUAUUCCCAGCCAAACAGGCCCUCACAAAGGAAGAAAUUCAAGCAUUAUUAGAGGCAGACAUCUUAGCCAAAACUACAGCUGCAAUGACAGAUGAAGAAUCUCAUGUUAAAGAUAGCAGUUCACCUGAAGCUUUAAGAUAAUGGAACUUAAGUAUCUUAUAUAAAAAUAUUUAAAUUUGCUUGAUGGUAGUACAUAUGUAUUUAGAUUAAAAGCUAGAAUUGGAUAUUGUAAAAGAAUGAAUAAAAUACUUAUAGAUCAUAUGGAAAAAGUUUGUGUAAUCUAAUUGUAACUUUAAAGUAAUGUCAAAUCACUAUUCUGUGUUGCUUAUAUUCAUUAGAAAAUCAUAAAACAUUUUAACAACAACAGUAGUAUUCUGGAAAUAAAUUAAAAUGAAAGUAUGCGUGAGACAUUCCUUUGGAGUAUUUUAAAACUUGCCUUGAAAGAAACUGAUGACUUACUUGCAAGAGGUUUAUUGUACUUAUUCAUGUACUCUUUAAGCAUUAUCUGGUAUUUGUAGUUUUCAUACAGUAUACUUGUAUUCUUACUCAUUUUUUAUGACUUUUGGUUGCCAGCCUCAACACACAAGAACUGUUUUAAUUGUAUGCUUUUUUAUAUUCAUCCAAAUUCCAGUUAUUACAUUAAAGUAUCUGUGUAAGCUUGGCCAGUGAGUCCAGAAUAAAAGUUUCCUAACAAACUUUUAAUUUUAAUUAAAUCAGUAAUACUAUGAUAACAUAAGCUCUUAAAAUGAAAAUAUGCUGAUCUUGCCAUAUUACACCUUAAUGUUAUACAGAGAUGUGGUCAGUGUAAAUUUGUUGUGUAGCUUUGAAUAACUCAUUUUAUGAAUAAAAAGCAAGCACUGUGAGCUGAAUGUAUGUAA